ACCUCUGGACCCUGACGUCAUAACAGCUGCUCUCCACCACAGUUCCAUGGUCUCCACUCACAGCUGUGCACUUGCUAAGGCGCGGACUCUUUUAAAUAUAAAUCUAUUUUAGCUGAGUUUGAUAAAGUUGGUACAUUGGUUUAGAAUGACACCUAAGAAGCGACACAUGCUACUGCUGUUGAUGCUGGUCUGCUCGGGCACAACGGAGGCUCUCGAACCCAUCAGCACCACCAUAGCGGUUGGGAUGGCAGCCACUCUGACAGCAUUCUUAGCUAGCUACCCGAACAUUUUCAACUAUUUUCACGAGUGCUGUCGACCCGAAUGGAUUUCUUUCAACAGAACAGGUCUUGAAGUUGACCUGGAAAACAAACUGUUUGGACAGCACAUUGCAUCACGCAUCAUCUUAAAAGCUGUGACUGGAUUCAUGAGCAAUGACAACCCCAAGAAGCCCCUGGUGCUCUCUCUGCAUGGAUGGACUGGCACAGGGAAGAACUUUGUUAGCAAACUGAUUGCUGAAAACAUUUAUAAGGAGGGAAUGCACAGCAGCUUUGUUCAUGUUUUCACAUCUACACUUCACUUCCCACAUCCAAGUCAAAAUCAUAUCUACAAGUCUCAGUUACAGCAGUGGAUCAAAGGCAACGUCAGCAACUGUGAACGCUCCAUGUUCAUCUUUGAUGAGAUGGACAAGAUGCAUCCUGGCUUAAUUGACAGCAUUAAGCCAUACCUGGACUACUAUGACAAGCUGGAAGGAGUUUCUUUUCGAAAAGCCAUUUUCAUCUUCCUCAGCAAUGCCGGGGGGGACAAAAUCGUACAGAAAACUUUAGAGUUCUGGAAAGCAGGACGAAGUCGAAAAGAGAUUGAGCUCAAAGAUCUGGAGACAUUAGUCACUCUCUCUGUGUUCAAUGACGACCAAAGUGGCUUUUUUCAUACAAGUCUAAUUGACAAGAAUCUGGUGGACUUCUUCGUCCCACUCCUGCCCCUAGAGUACCGACACGUGGUCCAGUGUGUCCUGGCUGAGAUGAAAGCCAGACAACCUCAGCCAGACAAGGACGUGGCAGACAAGGUGGCCAAAGAUCUAGUCUACUUCCCCAAAUCUGAGAGAAUAUUCUCUGUCAAAGGCUGCAAGACGAUAUUCAGCAAGUUGGAUUACUACACAUAAUGUAAGCGUAUGAUGGACACUAUUCGAUCACUAUGUACAUUUUUAAAUUUUUUUAAAGACAAACACUCUUAGCCAAAUGACUAAAAAAGGAAGACGGACUGCUUUCUAUGGAGUUAUCUGUUCCAGAGGUGGAUAUCAACAGGUCAUCUCCAAUGUUGUAUCUUGUUUACACUGAAUGAAGGGGCUGAUAAAAGUGCACAGUGUCAGUUGAAUGAAAAAAUAAGAUGGGAAUGCUAUCCGCUGUGAAAGGUUAAGGGGGUUGAUCUCCACUUUUAUGUCACACUACGCUGAGUCUCUCUGAGAUAAUGGUGUUUUCCUGGGAGCCUCUUGUAUCUAGCGGUGUCCUGUCAAUGAAACUGUGGCUUAUCACUGUUUGCAUUUGUUUUAAGUGUACUCCAUGUGUGGGUUUUUUUAAAAAUACCUGCCUUAUUUCUUAUUUUCACAAUUCUUUUUUUAGAAUCUACUGAAUUCUUUUACACAGCCACUGUAUAUAUGAGUCCUUUAACAGUCAAUGUUGGACUUGGUGAAUGAGGUGGGGUAGUCGGCACAGCAGAGCUGCUUGUAAAUAAACACAAACAAAAGUCUCACUGUUCAAAUACAGCAAAACUUGAUGCAGAAAACUGUUUAUACAGUAUUUAUUAUAUUAAAAUCAGUAGCAAGAUGGUCCUUCUAUACUGUGCAGACAUACUUUUAAUAUCUAAUUUGGUAACAUUACAGGUUCUGUUACACAUAAGGAUAAAGGUAAUCACCUUUAUUGGCCAAGUAUGUUGCACACAAGGAAUUUGUUGCCAGUACAGAACCGAUGGCAGACAUCUG